AUGUCAAAGGAAGAUCAGCUAUUGGUGAGUAAUGAACACGAGAAAGAAGACGUUGAAGCAAAUGAGGAAAAUGAGGAAAAUGAGGAAAAUGAAGAUCUCAGUCACAACGCGUAUUCUGUCAUGAACCAUAGAGGUAUAAAGUGGUACGAGAGGCUAAGAAAACGAAAUUUCAAAGACGGUAAUUGGCAAACUAUAUUAUUGGGUGUUUUAUCUUUGGUAGAAUACGUGCCUUCUUAUCAGGACACCAUAAAUCAAGUUUUUAACACUCUCGCACCGGCCCUGAGUGCUUCAAAUACUCCUUCAUCAGUUCUUUCUGAAUUUUACACCAAUAUGAGUGUUAAUUUGAGAUUGAAGACUCUUCGCAUCUUGACUUCAUUGUUAGUCAAUGGAUCACUUGUUAGGAAUUACAUUGAUGAAUCCUUGGAUGCUUGCGCAGCAUUGAGACGUUCAAGGUUAGAUAUCAUUCGCGAUCUCAAAGCAGCAGUCGAUGAAGCCAACAAAAUUCAUAGUUCUUUGCACGAAAAGUUACUCGAAGCUGCAACAAGAGCAAGCGAAUCAAAGAUUUGGGCGCAGUUCAACAAGAAAAAGCCACGCUUCAAUACAAAAAGCUACGAAAUGACUGAUUAUGAACGGGAGUUAAGCGAGUCAGAUGAAUCUUUUCAAACUCUCUGGAAAAAUCGUGAUGAAGCAAUCGAGAAAAUCAAAGCUUUAAGAAUUUCAAAAAAAGAUGUGGAAACAAAAUUCACGGAAAUGGAUUGUCAGCGUGUGCGCUUACUUGGCAAGGAUAGGCUUUUUAACAGAUACUGGUGGUUUGAAAAUAAUGGCUUACCUAAUCUUCAUUUCACCACAGAAGGCGACGAAGAUGAGGAAGCCGAAGCUGAAAGUGAUGAUGAUGACGAAGAAAAGGAAGACAUGACAGAAGAGACUUAUCUUAUGGGUAAACUUUGGGUUCAGGGUCCAUCUUCGAUGGACUUAUUGACAAAUCUCAAACUUUCGGAGUCUGAAAUAUCUCUCAUUUGA